UUUAACCUGUCUUCUCAUCAAAAGCAUUUGAGUGCUUUUGGCUGAAAUUUUUUAAUAACAAAGAAAAAAAAAACACAACAACGCGUAAUAGUGCAUGAUUAGUGAAAAGUACAGGCACAAUAUUAAAGCUUUCCAGUGCAAACGAAUAACACAAUAGAUGCGAGGACAGAAAUAAUAAACGCUGGUAUGUGUGUCACUCAUGGUGUGCACCUCUUAGAUGGGGAUUUUUUUCUUGGUUAAGCACGGAACAACCAUGCAACAUGAGUAGCUUCAACAUCACAGCAGCUGAUGGGCUUGCGCCCUGCAACUUCACCGGCUCUGUUUUCAACAUAUCCAGAGAUGGCAAUUUUUCCAGCUUCACCUGUGGUACUUCUGCCAGCAAUGAUUCCUCUCCUGAAGUACGGGAAGCAGGAGGCCAAUACAAAACUAUGGAGAUGGUCUUCAUUGCCCUUGUAACUGGGUCACUCAGUUUCGUCACCGUGGUGGGCAACAUCUUGGUCAUGCUUUCCAUAAAAGUCAACCGGCACCUUCAAACAGUCAACAACUACUUCCUGUUCAGUCUGGCAUGUGCAGACCUUAUCAUUGGGGUCUUCUCUAUGAACCUCUACACUGUUUACAUAAUCAAGGGAUAUUGGCCCUUAGGGCCUGUGGUUUGUGAUUUGUGGCUGGCCUUGGAUUAUGUGGUCAGCAAUGCAUCAGUCAUGAACCUGCUGAUCAUCAGCUUUGACCGGUACUUCUGUGUGACCAAGCCCUUAACAUACCCAACAAGACGAACAACAAAGAUGGCUGGAUUAAUGAUUGCAGCAGCCUGGAUCCUCUCUUUCAUACUUUGGGCUCCAGCUAUCCUUUUCUGGCAGUUCAUUGUUGGGGAACGCACAGUCCCUGAGGGUGAGUGCUACAUUCAGUUCCUCUCCAACCCUGUGGUUACCUUCGGUACGGCCAUCGCCGCCUUCUACUUGCCUGUCAUCAUCAUGACAAUUCUUUAUAUUCACAUCUCACUGGCCAGCCGGAGUCGUGUGAGGAAGCAGAAAGACGAGACCACGAAUGAGAAGGCCCUCAAGUCUACAAAUCUUCACAAAAGCCAUGUGCUAAAGCAGAACAACAACAUCUCCUCCAAGCCCAACUUGGAGUCUAGCAGUGACACAAUGAAAAACGGCAAGAUAGAUGAGUCUGUCUCAACUAAGGCUGACUCCAACAUCCAACCAGAAGAAAAGGAGAGCUCCAAUGACUCCAGCACAGCCAUUAUUACACCCAAAGACACCAAGGAGCUGGGCAGCGUGGCCUCUUCUGAGGCCACUGCUUCUAAGCCUUCAGCGAAACCAAACCCAAACUCUCGAUGGUCCAAGAUCAAAAUAAUCACCAAACAGUCAGGGGAUGAGUGCAUCACUGCCAUUGAGAUCGUUCCAUCAAGUAGUGGUCAGAACAAAUCGAUUCCACUCAACCGGCCAAAAACUGUGGUCCGAAAGUUUGCUAGCAUAGCUAGGAGCCAAGUUAGAAGGAGAAGACAAAUGGCAGCAAGAGAGAAAAAGGUUACCAAGACCAUCUUUGCCAUUCUUCUGGCCUUCAUCAUUACAUGGACCCCAUACAACGUUAUGGUGCUAAUCAGCACCUUCUGCCAGUCUUGUGUCCCUGACACAGUGUGGGCCAUCGGAUACUGGCUGUGCUAUGUAAACAGCACCAUCAACCCAGCUUGCUACGCACUCUGCAACGUGACCUUCAAGAAGACCUUCAAAAACCUGCUGCUGUGUCAAUACAAAAAUAUUGGCACUAGAUAGACUUAAAGAGACAAGGAUACAAUGUUACAUCAAGUUCAUUCAUCCAUGCUAACAGAUACUUGUGGAGGCAGAAACUUUUUAAUUUCCAUUUGAAAUGUUCUGGAGGUAUUUAAUCCAAAGUAGCCCCUCUCAGGUCCUUUAUUUUACAGUGCAGAAAUUUGAAUCCAGUGAUGUCAGGGGCUUAUGAAUAAAUGUAAAGUAUCCGUAAUACGCUAGGAUCAGAGCACAAAAAGGCACCAUACCAAUGAUUUGGUGAUCAGAGCCUGAAUUUUUCUGUACAGCAGCAAUUUGAAAAUGUAGCCAGCUAGAUAUCUAACAAUCAUCCAAUCAAGUCACAGUUACAUGGUACUAUUUUAGUUCUUAUUGGCAAAAAGUUAGACAGUAAUGAGAUUUGCCUAAAGAAAAACACAGAAUGGAAAGAUGAAAGACAAUUUUAGUGAUCUGAAAAGUAGCAGAAUAAAUAUAAUUGUCUAAUUUAAAAUCACAUGACAGUUAUUGGUUCUGGUCCUGGUUCUGGAAAUGGACCUGCUGUUACACUCCCAAGGCCAUUAAGCUAGCUUAAAUGUUAAAUUAAAUUUAGGCUUAUUUAAAAGCCAAAAGACUCAGUGAUUAAACAAGACUAAUGUGAAAAUAAUGCACAAAUAUGUAUUGAAGCUAUUUAAAAAAAAAAAAAACAAUAUUUUAUAUAUUUUAUGUUUUCAGAGUAGUGCAUAUGUCAAAUGGUCCAUUUCUUUUCAGUUUAUGUCAAUUUCUUUCUUGUAUCCAGACAAUAGCCACUGUGGAGGGAACUAAAGAGCAUUUGGAUACAGCCAGUAGGACCACAUAAUCCCAACUUGGCCCAUACUGGAUAACAUUCUAAAAAAAAUGUCUACUUUUUAAUAAAAUUAAGUUCCUAGCCAUCUGUGAAUGUAUGAGGUUACCAGACUCUGGUUGGUGUGUAAGAUGCUGAGUGACUAAGCAAUAAGCAAAAGAGGUCAUGUUUAUCGGAGAAUAAUGUCACAGAUAAAAGCUGUCUGUAUGCAAGACGUGAGCUCAAGUGUAGUAUUGCUUAUGAAACAUAAUUGCUCACCAAUACGUAAGUUACCAAUAAUAUAUAUAUAUAUAUAUAUGCAGAAAAAAAUUCAGAAAUAAAGAUUUUCCUAUAUAUUAACAGUAUGGUUUUAUGCAGUACUCUAAGUCGUGAAAUAGAAGUUAUGAACCUAUGUAACUAUUAAUUUCUGUAUCUACAUUAAUAUUUCAGUGGCACUAUUUUGGCAGACUCCCUGCUGAUCUCAUUCCCUGGGUUACUUCUUAAAAGUGAAAUGAAUUCACGUGAUAUCAUUGUUUGCUACGGCCAUAAUGAGACUUCAUCAUUAUCUGUCUUACGAGGUUCCUGAUUUGUCGUCGUUAUUUUUAGCCAAUUGGUACUAAGCACUGGAACUGCAGAUUUUCUAUAUACAUGGAAAUCUUAGGCUGGUGUUCAGACAGCAGUAUGUAAAUACUUGAAAAGGUUAUACAUAAUGUAGAUACGUACAAUUAUAUACUCAGUAUUUCCUGUACUUCUCUUCUACUUGGAUCAUUGUUAUCUAUCAAAUGUGAUCAUGUUCAUUGAGUAUUUAACUUGCUUAAUAUGAACUAUUACUGCCUGUAUGCGAAAAUUAUACAGUGAUAUUUCCAGUUUUGUUUGUUUUCUUUCGAGAGUCACGUUAGAUUGGCUGAAAACAGCAGACGUCGCUUCAGCUUGUGGAGGUCCACUGCAUGAUUGUUCUGCCAAAUUCUAACUUUACCUUUAAUGCUGUAGUGUAAAUGUGUUGCUGAUUUAAAAUGAGUCCACAAAGAACCUAAUUAUCAUGGGAAAGGUUGCCCUACAUGAGAAAUGUGCCAUGCAUGUGCUGAGACAUUGCUGUGUCGCUUAAUGCUGCUGUUAGCUUCCAGUUCUCUAGCUUGUUUUUGCACCACUUAUCAUCUCUGGUAACAAUAUGCACUUACACAGUAUACACAUUGAAAUGUUACUGAAUUGUUACCAGGCUUUAUUAAUCAGUUUAC